AUGAGCGCUUUUGAGUAUCGCGAUCAGGCCGAUCAGGCCGAGGACUACUACAACCAUCCUCUUCGCACCAAGAACCAGGAACUCGAGGCAGAGAAUCUGUCGCUGAAGCGCCUGCUGCGCGAGAAUGGCAUUACAUGGCCUAGUCCAUACCCGUUUCUGCAGCAGCACAAGGCUGCAUCACGCAGCACCCGCUCCUCCAUGUCCUCCAGCUUGCCGCACUUGCCCACUGAGAUCGUCUUGAAGAUUCUUGAGCAUUCUCUGACCAGCAAGUACCCCAUUAUUGACCCCCUCUGUAAGACCAAGAAGGAACACAUCACGGCAGAUGAGGCCAAGCGAACCAACCAGAUUGCCAUCCACUUCCUGGCCACCUGCAAAGCCUGGCACACUGAGGGCAGCAGAUAUCUGUGGUCCAGCAAUCGCUUUGUCUUCACCACUGUUCAGGCAGUCAAGACAUUUGCAGACAUUGAAUUUCGCUACCGAGAGAUGGUUCGUGAGGUCAACUUCCGCGUCAUUGCGCGAUUUUACGACGACGAUCCUUCUCGCAUCCAUAAGAUCUCGCGCGACACUCAUCGACCAGCGCAAUCUCGACAGGUCAAGCUCAGGAUCAACAAGCGAGCAAAGGAGCCCACGCUUGCCCGUCGCGGUUUCAGAUCGUAUGCUUGGCUUCAGCUGGUUGACUUCUUGGAGGCCCUUCUCCCUCCCCAUGAUCCCAAUCAUGACAACUCGCUUCCCCGCAAGCGACUUCUCCCCAGCCUGGAGAAACUACGACUUGAUCUCAUCAAUUUUGCCGAGGACACCUGGCAGUUUCCAACUGCACAGCUGCACGACAUCGCAUCUCACCAUCUUGGCUGUUCGCUGAAUCAGGUAAUUGUGACUGGUUUGCCGCGCGAUGAUGUUGGCAUCCGCGCAACUCAUGAUUUGCAGGGUCUUCUGAAGGAUGACGGCUUGUUCAUCGACCAUGACCCAACAUAUGUCCUUGGCCCUCGCGGCAACCUUCGCCCAUUGCCCGGUGAGCACAUGCACAUGCGCGUUGUACGCGCUAUGCGACCUGAAGCGGGCGUCAAACACCAUCAUCACGAUGACCACCCGUCCUUCUUCGACAACUUCCCGCCUGCUCCCCUUGAUGUAGGCAAGCCGCCGCCCUCCGACUAUGUAUCAUGCAGAACAAUCUGGAGAAAGGUACCUGUACAGAUCAGCAAACCCGAAGAGACGGCUUGGCAACUCUUUGAUAGAGUUAGCGGCUUGCCGUGGGAGGAAGUCGAGGCCGAGAUCCUCAUGGAUGAUGACUAUCUUUUGAUGGACGAGGAGGACAUGACUGAGGACCAAAUGGAUGCUCUUAUGCUGUGCGAGAAUUGUGGCGAGGCACACCCUGGACCGAUCCGUGCCGAGAUGAUGGACGACUUGUACGACGAUUUUUGA